AUGAGUAAUGCUAAUAAUUCUCAUAUUAAUCGGGACUUAGAUUUAUCGCAUACAAGGAGGGAAGUAUGGCUUGUAAAAGUGCCAAAAUAUGUUGCAAAUAGAUGGGAUAAAUCUUUGGGUACUAAUGAAGUGGGGAAGUUGAAAAUAUCUCGCUUGGCGGGACAAAAGUCGCAGGUUCAAUUAUCCUUGUCGGAAGCAGAAUUGUGUCUUGAAGAUUCUGGAGAACAGAGUAUACCAAAGGAACAUCGCCUGGACGUGUCCUAUGUAACAAGACAAUCUUUGGGUGUAUUUUCUCAUGCCAUACCUUCAGACUCAGAUGCUGUUAUACCAGAAUCAGAAAAGCUUUAUAUGGAAGGUCGCAUCGUACAAAAACUAGAAUGUAGACCACACGCGGACUCCGUUUACUAUAAACGAAAAUCAGAAUCUAUUACAAAAGCUUCUAUACCACAGCGCCAAGUUCAGCGUUUGGCCAGAAUUGAACCAAAAUUCAAACCGAUCGUGAUAAAUUAUUUCCUAUUACAGAUUAGAUUAAAAAAAAAAUUUAAAGGCAAGAAAUACCGCGACGAUAUAGAGACGGUACUCAUCUCGUUGUUUGCUGCAUUUGAGAAACAUCAAUAUUACAAUAUUAGAGAUUUACAUAAGAUUACAAAUCAACCUAUGAAAUACUUGAAGACAGUAAUGAAAGAUAUUUGUAAUUACAAUUUAAAAAAUCCACAUAAGUACAUGUGGGAGUUGAAGCCAGAAUAUAGACAUUACAAACAAGAAAGCCUCAAUGAAAUGACGGAAAAUAAUGGUUCAGACAGUGAUUAA